GGGAAUGAGACAGAAAGAGGUCCGUCGAACUGGCCGUGCGCUACUCUCGAGCGCGGCAGCCGAGUCCCCAGUGAAUGUCGGAAACCGGCUUUGUGAGUCUUACGGAAUAAAUGUCACAUUGAAAAUAGUCGAGUGCAACAUACAUUAAGAAGUAGUCUGUUGAUCUGCUCGCUGUUCGUGAAAUUCUCUCUCCGGCCGCGUUCCCUCCGGAGGUUAUAUGAACUGGAUCAUCAGGGAGCAAGAGAGGAGGAGAAUUGGAAAUGUGGAAGACAUUUGUCCCCGCGCGCAAGCUGCUGCGUAGCGGGAAGUACCUGUUGCUCGCGCUGCUGCUUUGCUGUGCGCUACUGACUUACCUACAGUUCGCCGCCACCAAUGAUAUGGACACAAUCAAAACCAGUGGCUACAUUGACACACUUGGGAUAAGAGCAAGAAGGGAGCCUCUAAGAGUGUGGCAUAUGGAUGCAGAGUCAGACGAAUCCUGGAAAACACACACUUCUCCAACAUGGAGUUCAGAGUAUCAGGGCCAGGCGAACCUGCACAUCUUUGAAGACUGGUGUGGAAGCUCAGUCCAGCAGCUCAGAAAAAACCUCCAUUACCCACUCUAUCCUCAUUCCCGCUCCACCAUAAGCAAGCUGGCCAUUGCUCCCAAGUGGACAAACUAUGGCUUGCGGAUCUUUGGCUACCUCCACCCAUACACAGAUGGUGAGUUUGUGUUUGCUGUAGGUUCUGAUGAUAAUUGUGAAUUCUGGCUGAGUUCUGAUGAGUCUCCAAACAAUAUACAACUACUAGCCGCAGUCGGGAAGACAGGCAAAGAAUGGUCGGCCCCAGGGGAAUUUGGAAAAUAUGCCUGUCAAAUGUCAGAGCCAGUCCCACUUCUAAUGAAGCAGAGGUACUUUUUUGAACUCAUCCACAAGCAGGAUGACAAGGGGACAGAUCACGUGGAAGUUGCGUGGCGACUGAAUAAGGCUGACUUGGAGUUUGCAGUUGUUGACUCCCAACACAUCUCCCUCUACACCAAUGAAUCAUCUCUGAAGAUGAGUGAUGUGGCUCACAUUCCUCAGACCAUGGCCAGUCAUGUAACCCCACCCUCUAAGAGACCUCAGGCCACGCCCCACGGAGCGGACAUGCUGCAAGAGGAUCCCAGAGACACAUUCUACCAACUUCCACUGAUAAAUCCUUUAGACCUGAAGAACAUCCUGCCGGACUGUCCCUACAAUCCUAGUUACACCAUUAAAGAUUUCCCUCUCUCCCGCUAUCAGGGCCUGCAGUUUGUUUAUCUCUCUUAUGUCUACCCCAAUGAUUACACACGGCUCACACACAUGGAGGAAGACAACAAAUGCUUCUACAAGUCAGUGUAUCAUCCCAGACUGGGCUUCGCGUGGAACAUGAAUCUGGAUGGUGUCGACCGUGACAGUGACCUCAAACAUUCAGAGCUGGAUUGGGGGGAGUCGCGUGCCAGAGAGAUAGACAGAGAGAUUAACGGAAAUGAGAUCCCUGAUUAUGGAGAUGAUUACGAUGACUAUGCCCACCAUCGCCAGCGUAAGCUCUUCAGUCUCAACAGGAAGAACAUUCCACCUUUAGAACACCAGGUCCCAGCAGGCCAGCUAGAGAACCUGCCAAAAAAUAAAUCAUCCAGACCUCGAGGGAACCCAGCAAGCCAGCCAAAGAAACCACCAGAACAUUCAAAGAACAUCUCUAAAGAGGGGCAGAAUCUGGAUGGAGAGGGGAAUAACCAACUCAGGAAACCACAGAACUCAAUUGAGAACCAACAAGGGAAUGAGCAUCCAGUACCGGAGCAGGAACCAGUUAGAGUUGAGAAGCGGAGACAUGGGCAGAGACAGAAUCAAAGAGAGGGGCCUGUAAUUGCUCAGAGACUGGCUGAAGACCCUCCCAGGGAAGGACCUCACCAUGACACCUUAAUGGGAGAACAGCACAUGCCCAAGCUAAACCUGGAACAGGAGCCACAGCCAGUCAGAGACAAGAGGGAAAGGGCGCAACAGCGGAGAAGAAGAAACAGAGCAAAGGAACCUGCAGGAGAGGAGAAUCGAAGGGAGGAACAUCUCAGAGGAGGAGAAGGAAGAGGAGGAGAACGUGAAGGACAGCAGAACAUCCCCAAUAUAGCCCAGCAGCUAUCACAGAACCUUCACAAGGAGAAGGAGAUGCCUGAGAAAGCAGCUCCACAGCACCAGCGCCACCCUGUGGAGAGGGAGAAGCCAGUGUCGGCCAAGGGCCAACGGCAGGGCAAGAGACCAGCCAGAGGGGAGUGGGAUGUGGGUGCGUCUCUCCCAAAAUCACACAACCUUCCCAAAGCAGCAGAGGGUCAGCAUAAGGAUGUUCAUCCUCUAAUCAGAGAAGAGGCUCCACCCAAAUAUGUGCCUCUCCCAAUCAGAGAAGAGCAGAAUCCACCCAAAGACCCUCAUCUUCCAAUCAAAGCAGACCGGAAUCUACUCAAAGAGGGUCAACUUCCAAUCAGAGGAGCACAGGAUCCACCCAAAGCUGCUCAUAAUCCAAUCAGAGGAGAUCAGAAUCCACCCAAAGAGGCUCAUCAUCCAAUCAGAGGAGCACAGGAUCCAUCCGAAGAGGCUCAUCUACCAAUCAGAGGAACACAGGAUCCACCUAAAGAGGCUUAUCAUCCAAUCAGAGGAGAUCGGAAUCCACCCAAAGAGGGUCAUAUUCCAGUAAGAGGACCCCAGGAUCAACUCAAUCAGAAACAGGAAGUGGACGAGGACUCCAACAGAGCAUUACCAAAAAUAGACCUCAGAGACAAGCAGGACUGGCAGGACAAACUGGACCGGAACCAAAACAAGCUUUAUGUGGAAACAGCACGCAAAGACAAGUUGUCUUUGAUUGAUGGAGAGAUAGCCAAUGACAUUAAUAAACACAGCAAGCAGAUUCAGCUCCAGGCAGCUCCUCCCCCACUAGUAGCUGGCAACAGUGUCCAUGGCAAGGAGGAAGAGGCGGAGCCAGAGGAGGGCGAUGCGCCUGACGGAAAUGGAACCAAUGAGGAGUAUGACGACACUGAUCAGUGGCAGAAAUGGGAUGAUUGGGAAGAGCAGGUGCCCUAUGACCCGGAAGUGAACUGGGCACAGACGUUCCAGCUGAAUCCUAUGGAUCUUCACAAGAUACGCAGUGACUGGAUAGACCUGAACUGCAAUGUGUCGGGAAACCUGCUUCUCAGCCAACCAGACGCACUGCGUGCCGUUCAGGCCUUUAUGGAGAAACUCAACAGGAAAACCCAGAAGCAGUACACUCUUGUGCAGGUGGUGAAUGUUGAGAAGCGUGUGGAUGUCAUGCACGGCAGCCGUUACCUGCUGGAACUGGAGCUCUUGGAUGCCAAGGGGCAUCAGGUGCGAGUGUCACAAUAUGUCUACCUUCUCCCCGGUCGCCAAGGAUACAUCCAUGGUAGCCAAGAACCAUUGCUAUGCAACCCAGUUGGCUUCCAGUGGAACCCCAGAGCCACCGUCCAUUUUAUUGUUCCAGUGAAGAACCAGGCUCGUUGGGUGCAGCAGUUCAUAUCUGACAUGGAGGAGUUGUACGAGGCCACGGGGGACCAGAACUUCAACAUCAUCAUCACUGACUACGAGAGCACAGAUAUGGACAUCCUGCAGAGCCUCCAAAAUGCCAGCCUGCCAAGCUAUCAGUAUGUGCGGCUGAAUGGAAACUUUGAGCGAGCUGCCGGACUACAGACUGGAAUAGAACUCAUCAAAGAUGAGCACAGUAUUGUGUUCCUGUGUGAUCUGCAUAUCCAUUUCCCCAUGGGCUUCGUGGACAGCGUGAGGAAACACUGUGUGGAGGGCAAGAUGGCCUUCGCUCCCGUGGUCAUGAGACUCAACUGUGGAGCUACACCUCAGGAACCAGAUGGGUUUUGGGAGGUGAAUGGCUUUGGCUUGUUGGGUAUCUAUAAGUCUGAUCUGAUCGCUGCUGGAGGAAUGAACACUCAUGAGUUUACCAAUCGCUGGGGAGGAGAGGACUGGGAGUUACUGGACAGGAUCCUGCAGUUGGGGCUUGAGGUGGAGCGUCUCCACUUAAGGAACUUCCUGCACCACUACCACUCCAAACGUGGCAUGUGGAACCGACAGAUGCUCAGAAUGCCCACGUAACCAUGGCUACCUGCUCGCCAACAGUCAACAGGGCACUUUAAAUACUCUACCAGCCACAGGCAUUCCAGCAUUGUGAUUGGUUGACCUUCUGUGUCAGGUAUAUACAGUCUCAGGAGCACGAAAGGAUUUCUCUUAUCCUGUCUGGGAUUGAUUAAUAAUCCUGUUGACAUUGCACUCCUGUCUGGGAUUGAUUAAUAAUCCUGUUGACAUUGCAACUCUGUUUUUUUCUUUCUUGUUUUUUUUUUUUUUUUUUUGGCAAGGAUUUCUACUGAAGAGAGAACUGUGAAGAAUGUGUGUUUAUACAGUCAGUCAGGUCUGUAGGUUGGUGAAGUAUUUGUUUAUUUAUUUAAUUUUUUUUUUUACAUUGUUUGUAAGUGACAUGUCUUUGAAUGGAUGGAUUGUCCUCUGGAUUUUAUAUGUACACCUUCACACACACCCUUUCCUGGCAUUUUGGAGCUUUUAUCUGUGUGUUGCUACAUCAUCCCCACAGGGACAAAAUGGCCUAUUCCUGCAAUAAAACAACAAAAACAUACUGUACAACAGUAUUUGAGUGUUGCACAAGGAUCUUGUGUCUCUCCAUGUGAGGCCAGAAGACAAAUUGAAGUUGCUAUUCCUGCCAAAGACUGAAGCCAUUGUGAGAAGAUAAUGAUGUGCCUUCCAGCACUAGCAAAGAAGCUGCUGUUCAACAGAUUUCACCUCCUGAACCAAAGGGGAUAUAUCAUGACAUUUAACUUACGAAGGAGUUAUGACUCUAUAGAUACAUCAAAGAACACUUGAUAGAGAGUAUUUUUUUUUUUUAAUCAGCUUAAGUCAGUUGUGUCAGUUGAGCGAUACAGCACAAUGAAUAACCAGAGUUGAUAGUAUGCAGCUGGUACUAUACUAACUGGAGAGUCUAUUGUUGAGCAGGCCUGUGUGGAAUGCUACACCAUGAAACUAGUAAAGAUGAUACAUCUUUCAUAACUACAUAUUGAGAUGUUUUUCAUACAUAUUUUCAGACGUGGAAAAGAAAAAGGAUAAACUCUUCUGAAUUUGUUGAUGAGCUGGAGACUCCAUGUGUGAAGUAGCCACACACCACUGAAAAAAGUGCCCAAGGCUGUCUGUGGUUGCUGAAGUGAUGUGUAAUCCUAGAGUCGUCUUAUGUCUCAGGUCCCACUGUAAAGGUACUUCAGCCUGCGGUCUAAAGAGAGUGCCCUCCAUAGGCCAUCUUAGUCUCUCUGUCAGUUUUAGGUCUUUCAUCUCUCUCUCUCUCUCUUUCUCUCUCUCUAUUUCUCUCUCACUCUCUCUCUCAUGCUCUAACCAAGCAUGACCCCUCCAGACUUUUUGGAAGGUUAAGAAGAGGUUUCUUCUUUGUCCUCACCGCCUGAGGAGACGAAGCACAGGGCAGAUUUAGGAUGUCCUAGCACACUCUGUUCAGGACUCUGUUCAGGUCGCCCUGCCCGACCACAGGAAAAACAUGCUUAAUGAGCUGUUGUGUUGUCUUGUCUGAUGAAAUAACCAAAAAUGUUAUGAAAUGUUUGUGGAACUUCUUAGGCCCAUGUCAGUGUGUGUGUAGACUAUCUGUGAAACCCUAUUGUAGAUAUAUGCGGGUGGAGAUCGCUCAGGUUUGCCUGGUCAGUAUGGAUGGUGUAUGUUUGAAAUAAGUCAUUGCAGUCAUUGGUAUGAAACUGUUAUUUCUGGUAUGAAGGUGUUCCUUUUUCCUCUAUGUAAUGUUUGAAGCUAUGCAGCUAUACAUUCCAGUCCUUUGCACUAUACUGAUAGCCUUGUUGACUCAGGGGUGCCUUAAAGGUCAGACUUUUUAGUUCGGAAAUAAAAGAUAAGUCAAAAGCCUGUUAUAGGCGACUGUGAGAUUAAAUGCUGAAAUUGGGUCUUUUUUUUAAUAAGGCCAGCGCAAUACAGGCACAUAGUCCCUUAAGUUUCACAUCACUGUAGUCUUAAGAGCAGAAAAGAAAGGUGUGAACUUCUGGUAAGUGAAAACUGUGCUUUGAGACUUUGUAAGCUAAAACCUUUUUUCAAUCAAAUUUUUUUUAAGUUUGAGAGGCCUUGUCUUGAAGAAAAGUGCACCAAUGUCUUCAAGGGUGGUUGUUACAAUAAAUUGUUUUUACAUUCUUUGCUUUA